AUGUUGAUAGCUAGCACAUUAGAUCCAGGAGGUCACAUCUUGCCGCUUGCAUACGGAAUAGUUGAUUCAGAAAAUGAUGAUUCAUGGUUAUGGUUCUUUGAGAAUUUUAAAAAUGCAUUCGGUGAAAGGGAAGAUAUGUGCUUUGUUUCUGAUAGAAAUAAGAGCAUUUGGAAUGCUACUGCAGUUGUUUAUCUCGAAUUCAGACAUUACGCAUGCAUAUACCAUCUAUGGACCAAUUUACUAAAGAAAACAUACAGAGAUACAGAGGAGGUUAGACCAUUAUUCUUCUGUUUAGCAAAAGCUUACACUGUUCAAGAGUUUGAUGAAUUGAUGACAAGGAUGGAUCAAAUUAAUCCAAAAUACCGUGCUUAUCUACAAAAAGCAAAUUAUGAGAAAUGGUUACCAGUGGUACCAUUGUUGGAUUUUGUUAGAAAAACAAUUGAAGCUUGGAAUGAGAAACACAACGAAGAAGGUAGAAAUACUACAACAACCUUGACAAGUAAAUACAAUGAAAUGUUGGAGGACAAUAGAAAUUUGUCUCAUCGUAUGCUUGUACGCGCAUCAACAAUACACCUUCAUACCAUUACAGAUGGUGCAAAGAGGUUUACAGUAUGUCUGAAUACACGAAUGUGUAGUUGUGGCAGAUUUCAACAUGAUGAGAUCCCUUGUAGUCAUGCACUUGCAGCAAUCAGACAUAGGAAUAAAAAUCGCGAUGAUUAUUGUUCAGCUUAUUAUAGUAAUAAGAAUUAUCAAGAUACAUAUGCAAUACCAAUUGAACCCUUGCCUUGCGAAAGCACUUGGGAUGUUCCAUCACAUGUCUUGGAAGAGGUAGUAUUACCACCAAUUACAAGAAAGCAACCUGGCAGACCUCCAAAAAAUGAUCGCAAAAAGGGAUUCACCGAAGGAGAGGGGAAGAAGAGGAAAUUAUACAGUUGA